AUGACCAUUUUCUUGUGGUUUGUGUUCCUUGCUUCCCUUCUGAAGCACAUAAGCUGCACUAGUCCACGCCGAGCUCCGGAGUCCAACGCACGAAGGUAUAAUCGGAUUCAGCAUGGCCAGUGCACCUACACGUUCAUACUUCCUGAACAGGAUGGAAACUGUCGUGAAACUUCCUCUGACCAAUACAACACCAAUGCACUGCAAAGGGAUGCCCCUCACAUGGAGCCAGAUUUCUCCUCCCAGAAACUGCAACGGCUGGAGCAUGUCAUGGAAAAUUACACUCAGUGGCUGCAAAAGCUUGAGAACUACAUUGUGGAAAACAUGAAGUCAGAAAUGGCCCAGCUGCAGCAGAAUGCUGUCCAAAAUCACACAGCCACCAUGCUGGAAAUAGGAACCAGCCUUCUCAGCCAGACAGCAGAACAGACAAGAAAACUCACAGAUGUUGAAACACAAGUUCUUAAUCAAACAUCCCGGCUUGAAAUCCAACUGCUGGAAAAUUCCUUAUCUACUUACAAGCUGGAGAAACAGUUGCUCCAACAGACCCAUGAAAUCUUGAAAAUCCAUGAGAAAAACAGUCUGUUGGAACACAAGAUUCUUGAAAUGGAAGAAAGGCAUAAAGAGGAACUAGAUACACUAAAAGAGGAAAAAGAGAACUUGCAAGUUUUGGUAUCUCGUCAAAGCUACAUUAUCACAGAACUUGAGAGGCAACUAAGUAAAGCAACAACCAAUAACAGCAUUAUGCAGAAGCAACAACUUGAACUCAUGGACACAGUCCACAGCCUGGUCAGCAUUUGUUCUAAAGAUGGAGUUUUGCUAAAGAAUGCAAAAAGGGAAGAAGAGAAGCCAUUCAGAGACUGCGCAGAUGCAUACCAAGCUGGUUUUAAUAAAAGCGGUGUCUACACAAUUUAUGUUACUAAUAUAUCGGAACCUAAAAAGGUUUUUUGCAACAUGGAGACUGCAGGAGGAGGCUGGACAGUCAUACAACACCGAGAAGAUGGGAGCCUAGAUUUCCAAAAAAGCUGGAGAGAAUACAAAAUGGGUUUUGGUAGUCCCUCUGGUGAAUAUUGGCUGGGCAAUGAAUUCAUCUUUGCAAUAACCACCAGUCAAAAACAUUACUCUCUAAGAAUCGAACUAAUGGAUUGGGAAGGAAGUCGGGCUUAUUCACAAUAUGACAGAUUUUACAUAGGAAAUGAAAAACAGAAUUACAGGCUGUAUCUCAAGGGUCAUUCUGGAACAGCAGGGAAACAAAGCAGUCUGAUAUUACACGGUGCUGACUUUAGUACCAAAGAUGCUGACAAUGACAAUUGUAUGUGCAAAUGUGCUCUUAUGCUAACAGGAGGUUGGUGGUUUGAUGCCUGUGGCCCUUCCAAUCUCAACGGGAUGUUUUACUCAGCUGGACAACACCAUGGAAAAAUAAAUGGGAUCAAAUGGCAUUACUUCAAAGGUCCAAGUUAUUCAUUACGGUCCACAACUAUGAUGAUCCGUCCCUUGGACUUUUAAAGAGCCAAGAAGAUAGUGGCCUUCUGAAGGACACCAUAU